AUGACGGAGCUGGAGCAGCAGGUGGUGGAGCUGGAGGAAGAGAACCAGAAGCUGCUGCUGGAAAACCAGCUCCUGCGAGAGAAGACGUGUAACCUUGCUCUGGAGAACCAGGAGCUUCGCUGCCGCCUGGGUUUUGAUGCUCUGAAGAUGAAGGAGGAGAGCGAGUCCAAGGUUGUGAAGGAAUCACAGGUGGAUGAUAUUAGAUUGGUGACCGGGUCCGCUGAGCGCAGCACUCAGACUACGUGUUCCUCUGCAGCAGGUGCAGGCCCAGCAGUCACCAUUUCUGAUAACUUCCAUGUGGAUUCUGAUGGCAGUGACUCUUCAGACUCAGAGUCUGAUCUCCUAUUGGGCUUUCUGGACGGUCUGGACCCAGAGAUGUUUCUUAAAUACGCUGAUUCAGAGUCAACGUGCCUGGAAAAGCUGGAGGAAGAGAUCUGUGGAGAAACAAAUUCCAUACCAACCUCCCCCUCUCCCUCUUUGGGGUCCCCAUCAGCUAAGCUGGAGGCCCUUAAUGAACUGAUAAAGUUUGAUCAUGUGUACACAAAGCCCCUAAUACUGGAGAUUCCGGUUAAAAUGGGCAACCAAACCAAUAUGUUAGUGAAAAUUGAGGAAGUAUCUCUCUCUCCAUCUGAAGACAAAGUUAUCCCUGAGAUCCCAGUAUCUGUGAAAGAGGAACCUGUAGACAGCUUCAUGCCUGAACUGGGCAUCUCUCAUCUGCUUUCUUCUCAUCAUAGCCUUGCAGCCUCAAGCUAUCUGUUGGAUGCCUGUAGUGACUCUGGAUAUGAAGGAUCUCCAUCGCCCUUCAGUGACAUGUCCUCUCCACUUGACACUGACCAUGCUUGGGAGGAUAGCUUUGCCAAUGAACUAUCAGUGUCUAACUCAGUAGUAUUAACUCCCCUUUGGUAACUGUCCUGGCAGGGUAACAGGCUGUGCCUCUUUUUGGGGCGUGGGGGGCAAAAUCAAGUGUAUUCAGAAAAGCGUUGCUCAUUUCUACCUGUGCUAGUAGCUGGAGUGAUGGCCAGUCCAUUUCU